UUUUAACCGAUUUUUGUUUAAUGGAUGCUGUCUCUCUCUCGUCCGCAGUCUGAUGACCCCUUAUCCUCAUUCUCCACAAUCUCAUCUCUCACUUUCGUCUUCUUCAUUCACUCUUUAUCACCUCCUAUUUCCACUCUUCAACCCAGAAUUUAUUCCUCAGAUGAAUGCUUAAAUCGGAUUUUCAUGUAUAUGAUCAUUACAUGUUUGCAUCUAUAUCGUCUGUAGCUGAAAAUAUGUCCUGUUUGCUUCCCCAAUUCAAGUGCAUACCGGAUUCUUUUACCAUCCAAUUCAAAACUCACAAUCAUCAUAGUUCCAACCUCCCAAAAUGUAGAGAACCUGUUUUUUUCCCAACACGUUGUGUUUUAUCAACUACAGCACCACCUGUAUCAACAGAAUCUACAGUUCUUAACUUAGAGAAGCUAAAAUUAUCAUCUUUAGAAGUUCAUUCAAAUUCAACUGCUGCUGAUAGACAUUGGUCAUCAUCAUCAUCAUCAUCAUCAUCAACUGGAGUGCUUGAUCUUGAAAAUUUCCAGCUACCAUCUUUAGAACCUCAUACAAAUUCAAUUGGCGGGAGUAGACCAUGGGCUUAUACUGCAAAAGUCAAUCAGGGAAAUACUGGAACAACUUUGCCUUCAAAGUUUAAAACAAGCGAAUACACAGAAGCAGCAGCAGAAGCAGUUGCUUUAGCCAAGGCUGCAUUAAAACUCGCCAAAACCGCAGCUGCAAUGAUGACACCUCAUCACACCACUGAUAAUCAUUCAAUACCAGAGUGUGGGCCCCAACUCUCAGAAGAAGUGGGGCCCACGCCCGAAGAACUGGAGCUUCUAGAAGAACAGCUAUCUGCAAGCAUAGCUGUGAGAUCAAAGAGGCAAGUGGAAAGGAAAGCAAGGAGAUUAAGAGCAACUGAAAAGGCUGAAGCCGGGGUCGUUUCGGUCAAAUCCGGGUCCCACAACCGCGGUCGACCCAGCUCAGCGGCGGUUAAACCGGGUGUUAGCCGGAGACGCGGUGAGAAAAAAGACGUUUUGGCUUUUUUGGGUGGAAUGACUAAUGCUAAGCUUUUGACUGCUGAUGAGGAAGUAGAACUUUCAAAAGGGAUACAGGAUCUCUUAAAAUUGCAAGAAGUCCAUAAACAACUUGAAGCACAAUUUGGGGUGCCACCUACUUUUGCAGAAUGGGCAGCUGCAGCAGGGAUUGAUCAGAUACAGUUAGGGAGACGAUUACAUCAUGGUGAAGAAUGUAGGGACAAAAUGAUUAGAAGUAAUAUACGACUUGUUAUUUCAGUUGCAAGAAGUUAUUAUGGAACAAAGGUCCAUCUUCAAGAUAUUGUUCAGGAAGGAAUCCGAGGUCUCGUGAAAAGUGCAGAAAAAUUCGAUGCUUCAAAGGGGUUCAAGUUUUCAACAUAUGCUCAUUGGUGGAUAAGACAAGCUGUCCAAAGAUCUCGUGCUGAACAAAGCAGGAUCAUUCAUGUUCCCUAUUAUAUGGUGGAGGUGCAAGCAAGAGUGAAUGAGGCUAAAUAUCGAUUAAAUAAGAAACUUGGAAGAGCAGCUACUCGAGCAGAGAUUGCAGUUGAAACCGGUUUUUCCGUUAAAAGAAUUCAAUCCGCAGAAGUUGCACCUAAGCCCGCUCGAUCUCUCGAUGUCCGUGUCGGCUUUGAAAACAAUACAAAACUCACGGACCUUAUUGAUGAUCCGGACCAAGAGACACCCGAGGAGAUACUAAUCAAGCAAACAAUGUCGGAAGACUUAGACAAAGUCUUGAACACAUUAAAUGUAAAAGAGCAACAAGUAAUUAGAUGGAGGUUUGGUUUAGAAGAUGGUAGAACAAGAACACUGCAAGAAAUCGGAGAUGUAAUGGGAGUGAGUCGCGAGAGGGUUCGACAAAUUGAACUUUACGCGUUUCGUAAGUUAAGAAACACAGAUGAAACCGAGACUUUGAGGCAAUACUUGCCUCAAUAGGAAAAAUAAAAUGAAUCGAGAGUCUUUGUAUAGGUUAAUCCUCCGUGAUUUACUUGUUUUUUUUUUUUUUUUUUGUUUAUUAU